AUGGGGGGGGACUUCGCUAGGAUUGCCACGAGGCCCAGUCAAGAGUUGUGGAUCCCUCGGACCCCUGGCAGGUUUGGUCCCCUGAGGAUGGCUCAGGAGGAGGGUGGCAGGCUUCCCGAGGUGCUGCAGCAGGUCGGGGUUGCCCACAGCAUCACAGACCUAUCCCAAAAGCUCCAGUUCUAUGAUUUCUGGGCCCCCAACUACGACCAGCUCUGGACCAGCAACUCCCUGAGGAGGCAACUCAGACUCGGCGUCUGCCUGGAGGAGGUGCCAUUACGGAUGACAGUGGACCACACAGACCUGGCCCCUGAGGGACUGACCCCCGCAGCCCUGAUCCUGGACGUGGCCUGUGGUACUGGCCUGGUAGCUGCUGAGCUGCAGGUCCGCGGCUUCCUGCAGCUGCACGGAGUGGAUGGGAGCCCGGGGAUGCUGGAACAUGCCCGGGCCCGAGGCCUCUACCAGCAGCUCAGCCUCUGCACAUUGGGCCAGGAGCCUCUUCCCAGCCCUGAAGGGACCUACGAUGCGGUGCUGAUGGUGGGUGCCCUCAGCGAGGGCCAGGUGCCAUGCACUGCCAUUCCAGAGCUCCUUCGUGUCACCAAGCCAGGUGGGCUUGUGUGUCUGACCACCAGGACCAACCCAUCUAACCUUCCAUACAAGGAGAAUCUGGAGACCACCCUGGUUGGGCUAGAGCGAACUGGGCUGUGGGAGCGCCUGGUGGCUCAACCUGUAGACCGCUGGGAACUGGCCACCUCCAGCCUCGAGUCCAAGAAUGGCUUCAUCUCCGGCAUCAUCUACCUGUACCGGAAGAGGGCUUGAGGCCUGGGCCCAACCUCCAACCAGCUGUGACCUUGCAUGUCCCAUUGCUGCCCCUCUGGAAUGCUCUUCCCAUUAAAGGAACUACCAGCAGAGAUGAAAGGA